UCCCUCGACAAGCUGCCACCUGGCACGGUCAAGGCCAAGAUUGUGGUGACAGUGUGGAAAAGGGACACAGAGCCACCGGAGCUGCAGGAGGGCGGUGGGUACCUAAACCUGCUGCAGACGCGGGCGCCUGCGCACGUUUUCCGCCAGGAGCAGGGGGCCUUCAAGGCGCAGGUGAGCACCCUGCUGACCGUGCUGCCCCCGCCCGUGGUGCGAUGCCGCCAGCUCACCGUGUCCGGGAAGUACCUCACCGUGCUCAAAGUGCUCAACGGCUGGUCCCAGGAGGAGAUCUCGCUGUGGGAUGUGCAGAUCCUGCCCAACUUCAAUGCCAGUUACUUGCCCGUCAUGCCCGACGGCUCCGUGCUACUGGUCGAUGACCUCCAGGCACCUGAGAGGCCCCCUGAGGAUGCCAAGGAGGGCUUGGAGGUCCCGCUGGUGGCCGUGAUCCAGUGGUCGACGCCGAAACUGCCCUUCACCCGCAGCAUCUACACGCAUUACCGGCUGCCAAGCAUCCGCCUGGAGCGGCCGCGUUUCGUGAUGACAGCUGCCUGCGAUUCCCCCGUGCGAGCCCGGCAACGUUUCACCGUCACCUACACGCUGCUCAAUGACCUGCAGGAUUUCUUGGCCGUACGCCUUGUCUGGACGCCCGAGACUGCCACGGCCGGGAAGAAGCUCUCCGGGGAUGAACGUCGGGCCACCCAGGCGGCACUGGACGCCAUCGUGUGCCACACGCCGCUCAACAACCUGGGCUACUCGCGCAAG